AAUGCCACAAAAGAAAAAUAAAGUCCCUUGUUACAUUUCCAAAGGCUAAGAUAACUUGUGGAACCAAAGGCUUACCAAUCAUUAUCGAAUAUCGUCAAUGAAGAGCUAAAUUUAACACAUCGCCUAUGAUAUUAAUAAAAUUGCCAUGGAAUAUAGAAUACCUUUUCGACUAAGCAGGUAUAUGACCUUCUGGUCAAAAUAUGGCUGCAAAGAAAACAGGACAAUUAUUGCGAGUAGUGAUACGAUGCCAUCGAUACACUCCUAUCCUAGUGCCCUAAUGCUUGAUGGUAAGCUGUACUCGUAUAAACUCGAGUUUAGUUAGAUGGAUUGGCCAUGAGUUGCAACCAGAUGUUAACAAGAUUUGCAGAGAGGCACUUGAAAGAAAUCCAAAUGGCCAUCGAAAAAUAGGCAUGUCCAGUAAGUAUUGGGCCAAUAUUGUAUCCGUUGAUUUGUGAAUAGAAAAUCAACCGAUGAUUACUUUUAGCUAAGCGUGUAAACUAGAAGCAUCACGAAAAAAAGCUACUUGGAUAAAUAAGGCUCGUAAAAAAGUAUCGGCAGCCUAAUCCUUCAAAAGUAAGACCGCCAAUAUUUGAGAAAAGAAAACAGCUUUUUGCUACUGCAACAGUCCUGAGUCAUGAUGUCCUGUUUAGUGCCGUUCUGCCAAUCGGUGCCCGCCGUAAGUCUGCGGAGGUUGCCGCAGAACAAGGUUCUCGCUAAUCGAUGGCUCCAGGCCAUUGGAACUGGUUGCGGAUUGGGCGCUAUCGAUCAUCACCAGCAUCUCGAUAGACUAGGCGUCUGUGGAGAACACUUUCAAGCACCAUCGGACAACGCCAGCGACACCUACCAGGAACCAAGCCGGUUUCAUGAUAGUAAAGGAAACUUAAUCGAAGUCUACUCCUGUCGAUUGUGUUUACAAUUCUACCCUCGGGAGGAUUUGUCAACGAAUGCUUUGUGGUCUGAAGAUACCGAGCUGUUAUCGGUUUUGUGCGAUGUACUGAAAAUUUCUCCUUUAACAGAGGAUUUCACCCGUUUGAUUUGUUUGCCAUGCUUGGCUCGUGUAGAGAUAUUGAAAUCACUCCGAAAGAUGUAUUUGGAAAGCGAUAGAGAUUUUCGUAAUGUUACAGGUUAUAUGCAGGACUACAAUUUGGCACUUCAAAACGAGAAAUCUUAUAAUACUUGUAUAAUGGAACAAAAAGUUUUUUCAAACCCAAAAGAAUCACCUAAUCGUGAAUUAACGAUAUCAAUAUUGAGAGUAGAGAGCAUCAAUAAUCUCACGGAAAAAGACAGCAAAAGUGAAGCCAAAUCCUACCGAUGUCGUCACUGCGAAGAAAGUUUUUCGCUCAUAUCGGACCUGAACAGUCACGCCAGCCAAACACACGGCGACGAGACGCCUCACAUGUGCCCGGAGUGCAAGAAAUGCUUCCGGUUCCGACACAACUUGCUGAAACAUCAAAACUAUAUGCACAAGAAUGUGAAACGGCCGGUGUUCGAGUCUCAUCAAAAUAGAGCAAAGUGCAAGCUGUGCAACGAAACACAAAUCACGACGAAACAAUUGGCCAAACACAUUAAACUGGCACACCCUACCGAGUCCUAUCCAUUGGUGCAGUGUCCGGAUUGUCCGCGCACUUUCACCAGCCGGCAUCAGAUGAACAGGCACAAACAAAUUCACACCGAUCGCUUUGCCUGUGAACAGUGCGGCGAGAAACACGUGAGCGGUCAGCGGUUGAAGGCGCACGUGGAACGCCAUCAUCUCAAGCAGGGCCAGCAGUUCUUGUGCGCGGAGUGCCCGGGGAAAACUUUCAGCUGCAGCGAGUCGCUGCGGGUACAUUUGGUGGAGCACGUAAAGGAAAAACCUUUCGUGUGCGAACAUUGCCAAAAGGCUUUCGCCAGAAAGAGCAAACUCGAAUGUCAUAUUAAAGCCGUUCAUCUUGGGAUCAAAUCAUACCAAUGUCCGGGUUGUAAGAGGGCGUUUGGCUUUUCUCCCAAUCUAUGGAAUCACAAAAGAACCUGUAGUCAAUUCAUUGCUUUGAACGGUGGUUUGAAAAAUUAACUUGGGAUGGUUGACCCCUAAUUUUUUGACGAAUGUAUAAACUAUAUUUUAGUGCAAGUCCAACCGAAACCAUUGACAUAUAGGUUAAUCUCAAUCGAUGAUGGAUGGAUAACGAAAUGCAUUUUAUG